AUGUUUGUUUAUAUAGAUUGUCGCUCAACACUGGAUUCUACAAUUUCAAUACAUCACAACAGCGUUAGAGGUUCAACUUUGUUGACUUCUGCAAAAAUGUCUAGUGCUGAUAAUGUCCUUGAAAGCACCCAUGUUGUCGAAGAAAAGACGAGAGUGAAGGAAGAAAUAGCUAACAAUGAAGGGCAACAACAAAAGCAAUCUCAAAGAUUGGGUCCUGAAAGUAUUAGGAGGAGGAAGAUUUUUGUUGGAGGAUUACCUUCAGGUAUAUCUGAAGAAGAGUUUCGUAAACACUUUGAAAGGUUUGGCACAAUAACUGACGUGGUGGUAAUGCAAGAUAGUGUUACGGGUCGUCCUAGAGGAUUUGGAUUUGUCACAUUUGAUUCAGAAAAAUCUGUAGAAGAUGUUUUGGUAAAAACUUUUCAUGACUUGAAUGGCAAACAAGUGGAGGUCAAAAGGGUCGUUCCAAAAGUGGAGAUUAAUGUUUCCAGUGGCUUUGAAAAUUCCAAAGUGUCUAUGGAAAAAUUUCCUAGUUUUGGUACCAAGGCCAUUCAAGCCUCCACUACUUUUCCUUGGUAUUAUAAUAAUGAAUUGUAUGCACUAAACCCUUAUGGUUAUUGGGGCCUUAUGGAUGGAUAUAGAGGGAAUGGAGGUGCUGUUCCUUAUGAUCCUUUUAGCAACAUUUGGUAUAUGCCUUUGGUACCUGUUGCCAGGCCAUUUCAACAACCUCUUGCUUAUUGUUGCCCAAGUUAUGCAUUUGUUGGUGGAUAUGCUGGUCACUGA